AUGUCCUCAUCACAAACUGCAUCAUCAUCGUCUUCAGUUGCACCAACAACCAUUGAUUAUUCUAGCAUACCAUCAUGUUUGAACGGAAAGGUUUUGAGUGUUCAGAGUCAUGUGGUUCAUGGAUAUGUUGGAAAUAGAGCUGCUGUUUUUCCUCUUCAAUUAUUAGGCUUUGAAGUUGAUUUUAUUAAUUCGGUACAAUUUUCUAAUCAUACUGGCUACUCGAAAGGAUGGAAGGGACAAACACUUAGUGGAGAUGAACUUGCACAAUUAUUUCAAGGUUUACAAAUGAAUAAUUUGGAAGGAUCUUAUACUCAUUUACUUACAGGAUAUAUCGGAAGUGAAACAUUCUUGUCUAAUAUUUUGCAUAUCCAUGAUUCAUUAGUUGAGAAAAAUCCAAAAUUAAUUUAUGUUUGUGAUCCAGUUAUGGGUGACGCUGGAAAAUUAUAUGUGCCAGAAUCAUUGAUUCAAAUUUAUAGAGAUCAAGUUUUGAAACGUGCCUCUGUCAUUACACCAAAUCAAUUCGAAGCAGAAACAUUGAGUGGAAAGAAAAUUGAAACUGAACAAGAUGCUCUCGAUGUCAUUAAUUUAUUCCACAGUGAACCAUAUAAUAUUCCUGUCGUUGUUUUGACCAGUGUGGAAUUUAAUAAUGAUAAGGAAACUCUUGUCUUGUAUGCCAGUAAUAGACAUUCUCAGAAAAAGUAUAGAAUCAAGUUUAAACGUUUACCAGGUUCUUUUACUGGAACUGGUGAUGUUGUGAGUGCUUUAUUUUUGGCUUUUUAUACAAUUCAUGGAGAUAAUGAUUUUGGUUUGGCACUUGAGAGAACUUUGGGUGGAAUUCAAGCAAUUAUUGAAAGAACUAAACCAAGUGAAGAAUUGGCAUUGAUAGCUUCAAGAUUUGUUAUUCUUGAUCCACCUAUCAAGUAUAAAUCUGAGGAAAUUUAAAUCAUGGAAUUUUGUAAUAAAUUUUUGUAAAUUUUAUGGAA